AUGAUCUCGGACGAAUCCUCACUGAUACACGUAAUGCCCCUGCAUAAAGAUAAAGAAGAAGAGAAGAAGGGAAAUGGUGAAACCAUUUUAAAGGUAGAUUGUGCGCUUUUAUACAAAAUUGACAUUUAUCCGGGUAAUAGAGCUUUUUUACAAGAAAUCAUUCCAUUUUUAUUUUGCAGUAAUUGA